AUGGAAAUGCUUCGAACAGCGGCAGUCAGAGCUAGAUUCUCCGGCUCUCUAACCUUGUGCGCGCAAGCCGGCUCAAGCCUUCUGCGUCAAAAACCCGGAAUAUCCUCUGUCAGGUCUUUCUCUGCAUCAGCCAACCGGAAUGUGAAGAUUCUAUCUGUCUUAUACGAUGGCGGAGAGCACGCUAAACAGCAACCACGACUAUUAGGGACGACCGAGAAUGAGCUUGGGCUUAGGAAAUGGCUCGAAGAUCAAGGCCAUACUCUCAUCACCACCUCUGAUAAAGAGGGUUCAAAUUCGGUGUUUGAAAAAGAGCUCCCUGAUGCAGAAAUUCUGAUCACCACUCCAUUCCACCCGGCGUACCUUAACGCCGACCGAUUGAAGAAAGCGAAAAAGCUCAAGCUGGCUGUGACUGCAGGUGUUGGGUCAGACCACAUCGAUCUCAAUGCCGCCAACAAGACCAACGGUGGCAUCACGGUCGCAGAGGUCACGGGAUCUAACGUCGUCUCAGUAGCGGAGCAUGUGGUCAUGACCAUGCUGGGUCUAGUCCGUAACUGGAUCCCAGCUCACGAACAAAUCGAACGCGGUGAAUGGAAUGUUGCCCAAGUCGCGCGGAACGAAUACGACCUAGAAGGCAAGGUAGUGGGAACCGUUGGUAUCGGGCGGAUCGGCCAGCGUGUCCUACGGCGGUUAAAACCAUUUGACUGCAAGGAGCUACUCUAUUACGACUACCAACCUCUCAAUCCCGACGUGGAAGCCGAAAUAGGGUGUCGGAGAGUGGAGAACUUGGAGGAUAUGGUCGCACAGUGCGAUGUGGUCACUAUCAAUUGUCCCUUGCACGAAAAGACGUAUGGUCUCUUUAACAAGGAGUUGAUCUCAAAGAUGAAGAAAGGAUCGUGGGUUGUCAACACUGCUCGCGGUGCAAUAGUCGUUGCCGACGACAUUGCAGCUGCUCUGAAGUCGGGCCACUUGAAUGGCUACGGAGGAGACGUCUGGUUUCCUCAGCCCGCGCCACGAGACCACCCACUUCGCUAUGCAAAGAAUCCUCUCGGAGGCGGGAACGGCAUGGUUCCGCACAUGUCGGGCAGUUCUCUGGAUGCCCAGAAGCGAUAUGCCGAUGGCGUGAAGAAGAUCCUUCAGAGCUAUCUGAGCGGUACGCAUGACUACGAACCCGCAGAUCUGAUUGUGUACAAGGGAGAUUACGCUACGCGAUCUUAUGGCCAGAGGAAGAAGAUUUGA